AAAAGGCAGGUGAAUGUUUACUUUGUACAUUUAACAUCGUUGAUCCUUCAACCUUUUGAAAUAUUACAAUUUGUCCAAUACUCAUAUUUCCGCUCAAUCGAAGGGGGCGAGUUUUUCGAUCUGUACAUUGGAGCGAGUAGGUUUUCCUAUAUUUAUUUCCUAGUACAGAUGCGAACGGACAAGAAUUUCCUUUGAUAAUGAUUAAACUUAUUUGCUGUAAGAGGCAGCUGAUUGUUUACUUUGGACAUUUGUCAUCGUUGUUGUUUCAACCUUUUGAAAUAUUACAAUCAGUCCAAUACAAAUAUUUCCGCUCAAUCGAAGGGGGCGAGUUUUUCGAUCUGUACAUUGGAGCGAGUAGGUUUUCCUAUGUUUAUUUCCUAGUACAGAUGCGAACGGAUAAGAAUUUCCUUUGAUAAUUGUUAAGCUAAUUUUCUGUAAAAGGCAGGUGAAUGUUUACUUUGGACAUUUGUCAUCGUUGUUCUUUCAACCUUUUGAACUAUUACGUCAGUCCACCAUUUACAAAAUUUAUAAGUCAU